AUGGAGCGGGUCAACGAGACUGCAGUCAGCGAGUUUGUCCUCCUGGGCUUCUCGUCUCUGGAAGGGCUCCAGCUCUGGCUCUUUCUGACCUUCCUGCUCCUCUACCUGUUCACGCUGGCCACCAACGCCGUCAUCGUGGCCACCAUCGUGCUGGACAGGGCGCUGCACACCCCCAUGUACUUCUUCCUGUCUGUUCUGUCAUGCUCCGAGACUUGCUACACCUUUGUCAUUGUGCCCAAGAUGCUGGUGGACCUGUUGGCCCAGAAGAAGAGUAUCUCCUUCCUGGGCUGUGCCACCCAAAUGUUCGCCUUCCUCUUCCUCGGCUGCUCACACUCCUUCCUGCUAGCAGCCAUGGGUUACGACCGCUACGUGGCCAUCUGCAACCCCCUGCGCUACGCGGCGCUCAUGGGUCGAGGGGUGUGUGGGGGGCUGGUCGCCGCCGCCUGUGCCUGCGGCUUCACUGUAGCACAGAUCAUCACCUUCUUGGUAUUUCACCUGCCCUUCCACUCCUCCAAUCGACUCCGUCACUUUUUCUGUGACAUCUCUCCUGUUCUCACGCUGGCGUCUCGCCACUCCCACUUUGGCCAGAUCAUCAUCUUCGUGCUCUGUGCCUUGGUUCUGGUCAUUCCCCUGUUGUUGAUCUUGGUGUCCUACACUCACAUCAUUGCUGCCAUCCUCCAGUUUCCCUCCUCAGUAAGCAAGCACAAGGCAUUCUCCACGUGUGCCUCUCACCUCAUCGUUGUCACCGUGCACUACGGCUGCGCCUCUUUCAUCUACCUGAGGCCCAAGGCCGACUCCUCCUCCAGCCAGGAUGCUCUGGUGUCUGUCUCCUACACCAUCCUAACCCCGCUGUUCAACCCCAUGGUCUACAGCUUGCGAAAUAAGGAAUUCAAAUCAGCUCUCUGCAGAGUUGCAGGAAGGACAGUCACCCUGGCACAGGGUUAA